CUCGCAAAACGUCGCAUAUGUCAAAAUGGCGCCGGCUCUAGAGAACAGUGAUUCAGAUAGGAUUACAAUGAAAAAGAAGGAAGAAGUUGAAGACAAAGAAAAUCUUUGGACUUCAAUUUUGGCUGAGGUUCAAAAGAAAGGCAAUACCAAGCUACCUUCCUGCAAACAACUGUUAGUAUUGGGAGAUAAUGAGUCAGGUAAAACUACCUUGAUUGCGAAACUGCAAGGGGUUGAAGACCCCAAAAAAGGCUCUUCUUUGGAAUAUGCAUACAUUGAUGUGAGAGAUGAAUAUAGAGAAGAUCACACGAGGCUCAGUGUCUGGGUGUUAGACGGAGACGUAGCCCAUGCCCACCUCCUCAGGUUCGCUCUGUCCGAGGAAACAUUCCCCCACACGACGGUGGUGUUUCUGGUUGCCAUGACAACACCAUGGAGUCUGCUAGAUCAGCUGGAGAACUGGGCGAGUGUGCUACAAGACCACAUAGACAAGCUAAACAUCCCAGCGGACCAGAUGCAAGAGUAUCGGACCAAGUGUAUUCGGAGAUGGCAGGAAUAUGUUGAACAUGGAGAAGAUCUGGAAUUAGAUUCUCAGUUGCGGCGAACGUCAAGAAAUUUUGAUGAUGAAAAUGGCCAAAAUGAACUUCUUCCAUUGGGGGAGGGGGUUCUUACCAGAAAUCUAGGCUUAGAUGUUGUAGUCGUUGUAACAAAGACUGACUAUAUGACCACCUUAGAAAAAGAAAUGGACUAUAAAGAUGAACAUUUUGAUUUUAUGCAACAAUGGAUUAGAAAGUUCUGUCUACAGUAUGGCGCAGGUCUUUUCUAUACAUCAGCAAAAGAGGAUAAAAACUGUGAUCUGCUAUAUAAAUAUCUUACACAUCGUGUUUAUGGUUUCCCCUUUAGAACGCCGGCACUAGUUGUUGAGAAGGAUGCUGUUUUGAUACCUUCUGGAUGGGACAACAUGAAAAAAAUUAGUAUAUUAUACGAGAAUAUGCAAAGCGUUAAGCCAGACGAGUAUUACAGAAAUAUCAUAGCCCCGCCCGUUGUCAGAAAGGCAGUAACAAGAGAUCAGGAAGUACAAGCAGAGGAUGAGCAGAGUUUUCUAGCCAAACAGUUGGCGCUACUACAGCAGGGAGGGGCGCCAACCUCGAGAACGGAAUCUCCCCUGAGGACGCCAGCUGGAGUACAGAAGACUGGAGAGAGACGGGUACAGGGCUCACCAUCUGUUCAGGGCUCUCCCAAGAAGAUGGACUCAACAAAAGCAGGUCCAGCCGCUAGUGGGGAAGGCGUGCUGGCGAACUUUUUUAACUCAUUACUGCACAAAAAAACUGGAGCUGGUUCACAAAUGGUCAAGUCACCUAAUGACCUGUCAGUCAAUAACAGUCUAGUGAUAGACAAAGCCGUCGUCAGGUCCGAUGCAGCUGCAGAACUAGAUCGGUUAGCGAGGAAAAAACCUCCCACCACAAGCUCGAGUCAAGACCAAAACUCUUCAGAAUGUUAAACAGCCUUUCCACCCAUCUGUAUAGUCUCCUAUUUAUAUACCUGUGGGAAAAAUAUUCGUACGAAGAUCAACAUAUUUUUAUUAAAUUAAUGUUAAGACAUGUUAUUUGAUUAUAUAAUUUUAGCCGUUUUAAUUCGACCUGGUGUAAAUGUAACUCUCGUUAUCAAAACAGGGUCGUUUGUUUUUUCUAGUGAUGUGUCUAUACCAUUUUUCAAUGUCAAUACCGGUGUUUGUUCCUGACUGAAAUAUAUUCUCGGCUAUUGGUACCUAUCUAAAUCGUGUUCAUUCUUUGAAAGUAAGUUGCAAACUUUGUUAUUUAACAGGAGUUGUAAAAAAUAUUUUAAAAAUCAUUGUAUAGACCCUGAACCUAUUGACUUAAAUUAAAUUUCCAAAGACGCUCCCUUGAUUGCGUAUUAUGAGGUUAAUGUAGAAUGAAGUGAGAUGAUCUGUGUUGCUUUGUUACCGACUAAGACUAGCUGUCGCAAGGGACAACUUGGUCCUUGUCUUGUAUAAAUACAGUAUUUACAAGUGUGUUGAUAACCUUGUCAGUGAGUGUUGCAUGUUUCCUCUGGUGCCUCUCAGGCCAAGAUGAAUGUUUUAUUGUCAGUUUGAGUAGCUUCGUUAAUGGUUUACUCUUACAACACAAACACUCAACACACUACAUAUGCGUUGAAAAGUUUAACACAUUAGACAUAUACAGGAAAACAGUGCGAAUCCACUAGCAGGAACAGAUUGUGCUUCCAACAGGCCCGUGGUACCAAAAUACCGGUAUUGACAUUUUAACGGCAGUUUUCAGUAUAAGUCCUUUUCCCAAGAAGUGGUGGUACUGGAAAUGGUCUUGAGGUACAGACACAUCACUAGUUUUUUCAAACCAAACUUAAUGUUUUUCAGCUAUUUACGAAGUGUCUGUUUAAAACAGUGGAUUAUUUAGCAGUUAGCGAGAGUAUAAAUUGUGUUGAACCCUGACUGCUAUUGAGAAAGUGUGAUAUAACUAUAGUGUAAAAUAAAUUUUAUAUGGAUUUUCCUCAGAUGUGGAUGAAGCUUUGUGUUUUAGCCAAAAUUGUUGUUUUGUUAAGUGAUUUUUAGACCAUUCCUAGUCUGUUUUGUUGUGAGUGCCUAGAUAUUUUGUAAUCUACUAUAAACUGAUAGUAUUCAAUAAAUCACAGUAUAGCUAUGUAUCUUUGCUCAAAUUUCUUUUAAACACUUUUAUAGUGUCUUUGCAAUAUUUUUUUUGUUUUGCACUAACAACUUGUUAUUUCAAUUGUAAGUAUUUAACUUGUAUUAUUUUUCCCUUCAUAAGAAACUUUAUUUUCUGUUUUCCACUAAUAAUACUACCUAAAAGCGUUGCCUGCUGCUUUUGUAACACAGCUUGAAUAUAAACAUGGCUAGUUUUGUCUUAUCAGCUUAGAUACAUAGUUCACAGUAUAAUCUUCUACUUGAAAGUGCCAAUAAUUAAGUGUAAUUUAGUUUUAGAACAAAUUCAAAAUUGUAAUCUUUAAUUUGUCGAUUGAAUUACAACUGUGCCAGGUUAAGUUAAAUCUUUAUUUAAUUUGCACUUAAAGAAAGCUAAGGUGUCUUUUUAUCACUCUUUUGUAGUCAGAAUGUAAACAUAUUUAUUUUUUUUUUUAUUCUUAGUUAUCAAAUUAAACUAAAAAAAUUUGAAACUUAAGAUCAAUACUGGUCUGUUGGAUAUACUUUCAGUAUAUUUUUUAGAAGUGCAAUACCGAUUUAUUUUCUUAUUCCAGUAUAGUCCAAUUUAUACUUGGAAUUAAAGAAAUGUUAUUUUUUUUCUUGUUCUACGGAAUGAUGUAAUUUGUAUUAGAAGAAUUCGUGAGCUAUAUUCACUUAACUGGUUUUAGCUUCAGCCAAUUUUACGUGAAGUAAUUAUUUACAUUUGAAUUCAUUCAUAACAAAAUAUGUUACAAACUGUCCAAUGCAGUGUUAUUGUUUGUUUUAAAACAAUUUAAUUGCUGACCUUUGUUCCAUUGACAAAGGAAGAUUGGUUUGUUAACAUUAGUUUAAGGUUUUGCUUUUAUUUUUUAGCCAAAGCUAACUGUUUCUCCCUCUGCUUGUAUAUUUAUUGUCUGUUUUGUAACUAUUGUUGUAUAUAAUAAUGAAUAAUUUAUGUUGAACUGCUAUUGUAACUAUAUAUUUGUACAUAUUACAGCUGAUUGGUUUAUUGCACAUAAAACAGUUAUUGGGCCAAUACAGUUUUUGCUACUUAUCACAAUCAAAAAGAUAAUUGCAUUGGCCUUUGAACAUUUUGUAAGUUUAUUGAUUUUUUAUUUAUUUGUUUUUCAAAAUAAACUAAUGAUUUACUAGUCUA